AUGGGUCGAAGCUAUUCUCGCAGUCGUUCUCGAUCUGGAUCGAGAAGUUCUAGAGGUCGAAGUGCUUCAAAGGAUCGAUCCAGAUCCGUCCUUGGCCACAUCGACGGCUACGAUCCUGCUUUCCGGGGUUAUCGAGUGAAAGUUGCCGAUUUGAACACUCGCAUUUCGAAGUAUGAGCUGGAAAAAGAAUUCGACCGCUACGGCAAAAUCAUCGAUUUGAUUCUCAUUCGACGGCAGCCGACUAUUUGCUUCAUUGUCUACAAAUACAGUCAAGAUGCCCGCUACGCUGCACGAAAACUGAACAACUUGUCGAUCUGGUCCACUCGUCUUCGCGCAGAACUGGCCAAACCCAGCGGCAAAGCAAGAAAGCGAGUUUACGAUUACGCGAUCCUACGAUUAGCCCUUACGAGAGCGAUACUGUUACAGUCACAGUAG